AUGAGCAAUGAGGAUGAGCACCAUCCAACUCACUCCAUCGAGUGGUGCUGGAGCGACAAGAGACCCACCACCAUCACCUGCAACAAGGCGGGAACAGUAGAGGAUCUGCUGAAGCAAAGCUCACAGUUCAGGGAGACAGUAGAGAAGCUCAAGCACAAAGAGCUGGUUAUUGUCAGGGAUGGAAAAGCUAUCAGUUCACACUUUCCCUGCAGUUUGAUAAAGAAUGAGCGUCUGACUGUGAAGUACGUCAAAGCCACAGACAAACCAAAGAAAGCUGUGAGCUUCUCUGCUCGUCUCCCCAGGAAGGCUCCGACUCGGGAGCUGGUGAUGUUUCACGUGUUGGCAAAGGGAGGUAAAAAUGUUGUGAGAAUCAUGAGAAAUCCAGCGCUGAAAACCAAAGUUCAGGAGGUCACGGUUUACGCGUACAAAGGAGAGAAAGUCAAGUAUGCUUUAAGACGAGAUGGACGCUUUCUCAACACCAUUUUCAAAAAAACCUGUGCGCUGGCGAACAUCAGCACUGAGGUGAACACUGAGAUGUCCAACCUUGUUGAUGGGCUGGAGGGGAAAACCUUCCAGAUCAUAAUGCUCAAUAAGUCCAGUCCGCCUGAAAGUCAACCUAUUGGUGAGGAUUUUAGUGAAUCUCAGCGGUCUGACUUUGAAGAACCUCAGACUAAUAGUGACACACAACCAAGAUCACUGUGCCAUGAGAUACCAAGAUCAGAAAUGAUGCAAAAGAAUUUGUCUUCACAGUUUCGAGAUUUAGUGAAAACCAAGAAGACUCCAGCUUCGAAGCUUUCCAGAAUUCAGAAUCUCUUCCGGGUGGAGUACGGACAAAAUGCUCAGAUGUGCAGGGAGGUGAAAACCAUGAAGAGACUGAUGGAUCUGAGUGAUUCAGUGUGUCAGGUGAGAGUCAACGGCAGCGCACGAGGAAGUGGAUUCCUCCUGUUUGGAAAGUUUGUGCUGACAAAUGGCCAUGUGGUUAAAGAUGUCUAUAAUGAGAAUCAAAGGCACCUUGAUGAGAAGGUGACUGUUCAUUUCUCUUUUGAGAGCCUGGAGGAGGUGGAGGGAGGGCAGGAGGAGGUGGAGGAGAUCGUCGGAUUUGAAUACCAGCCUGACGUGUCGGGAUGUGACUGGGCUUUGCUCAGGCUCAGAACCCAGCGGGCAUUACCCGACGGCCUUUUGGCACACUCUGGGUUUCUUCCACAAAGCGGUGGAAUUUGCAUUAUUGGGCAUCCAGAUGGUGGCGUAAAGAAAAUCGAUCCGUGUUUGAUCGUUAAACAUGAGAACCACAACCAGGUUGUGGAGAAGCAUUACAAUGAAAAUCAAGGGCAGAUCCACCUGAUUACCUCUCGUUUCUUUGAGGGUGUGGCGCAGUCUGUUCAACAGAACCAACAGGUUCUGACCUACGAGUCUUGCUUCUAUUUUGGCUCGUCCGGCUCCCCGGUUUUUGACCAACACUGCAAAGUUGUUGCGAUGCAUUCAGGUGGAUAUGCCUACCGCAGCUCACAGGGUCAAACCCAGAGUGUCAUAGAGUUUGGCUAUCCUUUGUCUGUGGUCAUCGAACGUAUGAUCGUCCAGGCCGUGGAGACGGAGCGGUUCGAUGUGUUGAAGGAAUACAUGGCAUGCGGUUGUGCUCAGCAGCAAACCAUCAUGGCCUGCAUGAAAAAACUGAUUGAGAGCAGGAACCUUGCAAGAUUGAGGAAUGCAGUCAACAAUGCAGUCAGCAGUUCAGUCACGGUGGAGGACGAGAGCUUGAAGGUGUUCUUUGAACUGGUCCUUCAGAAAGAUGAAACUGUGCCAAUGGAAAUAAACUGA